ACGCGGGAGAAACAAGAUGGCGACCGUCAGAUGUCAACAAUGCGGACGUGGUGCUUUUUUCGUUUAUUCUACCCCCUUCUGACCAAGAUCAAGGCCUGUUCACCAACUCUAAGGAUUAACUGAACAACCCUGUCGAAGUGCCACAGGAAAAUUCGGUAGAAUUCGCCAUGCUUCGCCAGCUUUGUGCAUGUUUUUGUAUCCGGUCGGAACUUUAAUUCAAUUAUCCAUGUGUCAAUCACAUAUGGUAGGAAACUUUAUGUAGAAUAUUGUUGUAUAGAAUGUUGCCAAAAACCUUGCCAAAGAGGAAUAUAUGAGUAUAUACGGGACAGGUGUAUCAGAGAUAUUAUGAGCAUGGGAUUGAAGUUAAAACAGCGCUUCGUUCUACUAGCAAUUGUUGUGGUCCUGGCCCUUGUGAUUUUGUAUAUACUAGCCGGACGAUCUAACGCACACGGGAAAGACAAAACAUGGCUACAGCGGAAACAACAGAAAGAGGAACACAUAGCGUUGUCCUCCAACUUACUACUGGAUGGCUUGAUGUUAGAUAAAAGAGAGCCUGGACGGAACCAUGUGCAGAAAGGGGGGUUGGCAGGGUUCGAGGAGAUUGAUUUCACUGCGGACCUGGGAGGAAGAUCCCCUUGGACUAUUGCAGCCAGCUGGGUCAGUUCAAGACACAUCUACCCAGAAGAUGCGGAGGAGUUGGGCGGUAUCCUGCGAGCGAUGGCCACAGCUGAGAUUACCCAUGCAGACGUAGGGUACAAGGGCACUCAGCUGAAGGCACUGUUAGUACUCAACGGGCAUCAAAAAGCAGUCUUCAAACCAAAAAGAUAUCCAAGAGAAUACAUCAUAGAAGGGAAGCCAUAUGAUGGGUAUGACAGGCACAAUGCAGAAAUAGCAGCCUUCCAUUUAGACAGAUUACUGGGGUUCAGAAGAGCCCCGCUGGUGGUGGGGAGAAAAGUGGACCUGCGCACAGAGAUCAUGCCUGUGGGGUCGGAGAGGCUGAUGUCUACCUUCCUAACACAAGGAAAUAACACCUGUUUCUAUGGGAAAUGUUACUACUGUAAGGAGACAGAACCAGCGUGUGCCGACGGAGAGGUCAUGGAGGGGUCAGUGACCUUGUGGUUGCCUAGCAACUGGUCUCUGAAGGGUCGUCAGAGGCAUCCCUGGGGGAGAACCUACAGGAAUGACAAACAAGCAAGGUGGGAGUAUGACGACACCUACUGUAACUCCGUCAAACAGACCCCGCCCUACAGCUCAGGGCCCAGGCUCCUGGAUAUCCUAGAUGCCGCCAUCUUUGACUACCUAAUCGGUAAUGCUGACAGACAUCACUACGAAACUUUUGAGAAGGACGGGGACAAGGGAAUGCUUCUCCUGUUAGACAACGCCAAAAGCUUUGGAAACCCGAACUAUGAUGAAAGAACCAUCCUUGCUCCAAUCUACCAGUGUUGCAAACUGCGGUCCAGCACCUGGGAGAGGAUGAAGCUCCUGACAGGAGACCGUCUGAGCCAGCUCCUCCAGAAGUCACUUUCCCACGAUCCCAUCGCGCCCAUCCUGUCGGACGCCCACCUCGCCGCCAUGGACCGGAGACUCCUCACCACCAUCGACAUGGUGCAGGGGUGUAUAGACGAGAACGGCAGGGACAACGUCUUAGUGGAUGACUCUAGAUAUCACUAGCCACUGCAUGACCUCAUGGACAACAGUUACAAACACUCCUCCCCCCGCAAAGUUGAAGAUGUCCUCAUCAUCUGAUACAAUGUGCCACCACCACUGCUAGCGACAACAAAGAAAAACAUUGCCACACAUACCUGAAUAAAUGGACAUUAAGUGUCAUUUCACCAGUAGGAAAGAUCAGUGAAACUAAGCUAAAUUUCAUAGACCAUCGCUGUACCAACAUAGAUGUCCAAGCAUGGCAGCUUUAAACAAAUGAUAGGAAAAACUUGGUCAUUGCCAAAAGCAAUUUGGCUUUUAUGACUAUUUCUUUUAAUUAUUUUUCUUAGAAUAAAACAUGGAACAUGUAGCAAUGUUUCUUUAUGUGUAACGCUAGUUCACCCUUAUCCAUUGGGUAACCUAUAUCUGUUGCUUUUAAAAACAGGGCAUUUGUGGAUAUCACGUCGAUGGACUUUGGUUUCGAAUUGCAGUAUUUUCAGUAUAUUGCAGUUUUAAACUUCACCCGUCGGCUUGAUGGGCCUAAAUACCCAAUUUUGAAAAACAACGGAUAUAGGUUACCCAAUGGAUAAAGAUGAACUACGGUUAAUACUGUGCCGUUCUACUUUAUUUAUGUGUACAAGUCAUCAGUUUUCUUGUUUUAAGAUAUAUUUAGCAUUAGCAUUAGUAUACAAUAGGAAAAUGCCUCUGUCCAUGAGGUGUUGCCAAAAACGGCAUCAUUUUGAGAUAUUCAGUAGUCAGUAAAAUUUCACUAUUAAUGUACUAUUUAAAACAGAUUCUAAUUUGUGUUACAGUACAUACAUUGAAGCUGAGAGAAGUCUGCGCUGAAUAUUACGUAAAAUUUUCUCUCCAGAAUAUUGCAUUUUUUUCUGUUGCCAAAAUAUUUUAUUCAAUUUUAUUUUUUUGAAGACAAACCUUGACCAGCAAUACAUGAUGCAAUGGUGUUGAAAUAAAAUAUUUCCUGUACAAGAA